AUGGCUCAAUCAAGGAGUGCUUUAUCUCUUUCCAUUCUGUUCCUUCUGCUCUUGUUCAUCCACUUUCCUGGAGGGCCUAUAAAGGUUGUUAGUGAGGAUGAGAAUAAGACCUGGUGUGUUGCCUGCAACCAAUUGAAGGAUUGCAAGGUGAUACAAGAAGGAGGCUCAUGCUAUAACCCCAACUCACUCAUUAACCAUGCCUCAGUGGUGAUGAAUCUUUACUAUAAAGCGGUAGGCCAAAACAGCUGGAGUUGUGACUUCAGAGGAUCUGCUCUCAUCACUCAGACUGAUCCAAGUUAUGGUAGCUGCAAGUAUGCAUAG